ACUUAUUCAAGGUUAGAAAGGCGAGGUGCAGUAUGUGCGUAAUAUGCUAUUUGUAGUUCUUUAAGGAUCUCUUUCUGAUUUGACGGUGUUUUCUGGUAGUUGAUUGAAAAUGAGCAAGACUUCCCGACCUAAAUCAAGAUUGAGAAAGGUAACUCCAGUUUUCCAUUUGCAAACUAAAGAAUCGGAUUGCAGAGAGUUAACAGCCCAUUUAAUAAAAUCAGCUCGGAAAAGCGGGCAUUUAAGUCUCUCUGGUAAAGGCUUGUCUUCAGUGCCAGAUAAAGUGUGGACACUGGACAGUCUUGAUGAGGCAGAAAUUCGUCUGCUUGAAGUUAAAUUAGAUUCAAAUGGUGAUGGUGAUAAUUGGUGGCAGAAUGUUCCAUUGACAAACCUUGAUUUAAGUUCAAAUAUUUUGUUGUCUUUACCAACUGAUAUUAAGAAUUUGUAUGCAUUAACAUCUCUAAACUUACAAGAUAAUGGAUUAACAGAAUUACCAGAAGAAAUUGGACUUUUGACAAAUUUGACUUACCUUAAUGUAAACAAUAACAAGUUGAUUGGUUUCCCUGAAUCUAUGUGGCGCCUUACAGAACUUAGACAUUUUCUUGCAAGUCACAAUUUCAUUAAUGAAAUUAGUGAUGAUAUUGCUGAUUUGGUUAUGCUUCAGGAAUUAGAUGUGUCUCACAAUAAGUUGAAAUUAUUACACCCUGGCCUGGGAUUUUUAAUCAGAUUGACUAGUGUUAAUUUAUCAUACAAUGAGUUGUGUGAAAUGCCACCUGAUUUAGUUAAUUUGCGAGUUCUUUUGGAGCUCAACUUAAGUCACAAUCAGCUAACAGCUCUUCCUCCUAUGGGAGAAUUACGUCGCAUGGAGCUAUUGUACAUAGAUCAUAACCUAAUAACUGCAUUUCCUGAUUUUACUGGCUGUGAGGCAUUGAAAGAAAUACAUAUGAGUGGUAAUGCUGUAAAGGAAAUACAAGCAGAACAUAUAAGUGGACUAAGUCAGUUGAGAGUUUUAACCCUUCGAGACAAUAAAUUAACAGAAUUACCUAAGGAGUUAGUAUCCCUGCAGCACCUUGUGCAUUUAGAUUUAACUAAUAAUUGCUUGGCAGAUGUGCCAAACUGUUUGGCAAUGCUUCCACAUCUUCAAACACUUCAUCUGCAAGGAAAUCCUCUUCAGUCCAUAAGGCAAGAUCUAGUGAGGUGUGGAACUGUUCGUUUACUGAAACAUUUGAGACAGUGUUUGGAUUCAGAAUUAGAACUGACCAUUCCUAAUUGUGAAGGAAAUGGUUCAGGAAAUUUUCCUGACAAAUAUAGUAUGCAAAAUGGGCAUGUUCUUAAUGUUGCUUCUCGAAAACUGAAGAGCGUUCCUACUGAGGUAUUUUCCAGUGCAUUGGAAGCCGAAGUAUGCAUUGUUGACCUUUCUAAAAAUUUACUGAGUGAAGUGCCUAAAGGUUUGGAAAAGUUGAAUUUAAAAGUAUCUGAUCUGAAUUUGAGCUGCAAUAUAUUGCAAAAAGUUCCUGGAUUUUUGGGAAGUUUUCAAAAUCUUCAGUACUUGGAUUUUGAAAGGAAUAAACUGUCUGAUCUCCCAAAAGAAUUAGAAGGUUUAACAAGGCUGAAAGAACUUGUUCUUUCACACAACAGGUUUACCAAAGUUCCUUUGUGCAUAUUCAAUUUGUUUGGGUUGGAAAUAUUGAAAAUAAGCGACAACCAGCUGACUGAAAUUCCUGUAGAAGGUCUUUUGAAUCUGAAAUUUUUAGCCGUUUUAAAUUUGAGCAAUAAUGACAUUUUACAAGUGCCACCCUUGCUGGGAAAAAUGACACAGUUAAGGACUUUAGAGAUAUCUGGAAACCCAUUUCGUCAACCCAGGUAUGCAAUUCUUGAGAAAGGAACUGCUGAAAUACUGAGACAAAUAUGUAAUGCUACUCAAACGUUUAUCAAAUCACGUAGUGUAACACUUAAUUCCAACUUCUCUGUAUUACUUUUUAAUAAUCCUGGUAAUGCUGUCACAGCUGAAUGUCAGCAACGGUGUUUAGCCUCAAGAAAUUGUGCUGGGUUCUUGGUUGAUUACACAGAUGCAUCAUGUUUUCGUGCAAUGACAAAUGAAUCUGUUAUCAACAAAGAGCCAACUUUUCCUGGAAUUACCACUAGUUAUUAUGAAAAAUCUUGUUUAAAUGUUCCUCGUGCAUGUGGAAAUAAACUUUGGACCCUGGAAAGAGUGGAUGGAUAUGAAUUAGUGGGUUUCUCACGAACAGUCAUCCCCAACAUCCAGUUGGGUGCCCAUUGUGGUCAGUUGUGUCUUUCAGAGACUAACUUUGCAUGUCGUUCUGCAAUGUAUUUUGCUGAUCGAAAAGCUUGCUCUUUGAGUUCUGAGGAUCGAAGAACUCAACCAAGUUCUUACAGAGCAACUAUCUGGAGUACUCAAUACUGGGAAAACCAAUGUGCACCUAAUGAUACAAGUUGCUCGCUAGAAGAAUAUGCAAAUUCUACAAUUUGUUGUGCUGAUAACAAAGAAGAGAAUGUAACACAAUUUCAGUGUCAACAACGAUGUAAUAAUGAAACAUCAUUUAACUGUCGUGGUUUCACUUAUAUUCCUGCAAGAGGGGAUUCUGAAGCAUCAUAUUGCCUUUUACAUGGUGAUGAUUCAUCAAGUAUUGGGCCUCGAGGAGUACAAUUUCUUGCCGGUGCUACAUAUUGGGAAAAAGUUCCUUUGCAGGUCACUUGCACAUCAGCUGGCAUGAAUGUUAUUCUACAUUCCCAAAAUUUUCGUGGAAGAAUGUACGUAGUUGGUCAUUCAGAAGAAUGUUACACCCAAGGACGCCAAGGAAGGGAUGUUACCAUCAAAAUUCCUCUUCAAAGACAAGGGAGGGAGAUUAAUACUUGUGGUGUGAUGAUGGCUCAUUCCAUUGGAGAAACCAAUAGAACUCUUUUGUCUGCUGUUGUUAUGGUGCAGUUCAACCCCAUUAUACAGCGUCGAGGUGACCGAGCAGUGAAGGUUGGAUGUUUGUUGGAUAGUUCCUCAUCAAAAAAUGUGACACUGGGAGUAUCCUUGUCAUUUUCUGGAUCAAAUGAUUCUCAAGGAGGGACCGUUGUGGUGAACUCAACUACUAUACCUCCCACAGUCUCUCUUCGUAUUGCAGAUAGAUUUCAUCCAAAUGAAGAGCUGCAAGAAGUUGUGUUGGGACAAAAUCUUCAACUAAAAGUUGAUGUUAUGCCAGAAAACAGCACAUUUGAUAUCCAUGUAUUUAAUUUAAUAGCAACAAGUAAUGAUGGAGCCGAGUCUUAUUUGUUGCUUGAUAAUCGUGGCUGUCCUUCAUCGCCAGAUUUUUCUCCUCUAAGGAGACUUCGCCCAGGAUCACGCUCUCUAGUUGGAGACUUCAGAGCUUUUAAGUUUCCAAAUUCUGAUGUUGUCAGAUUUCGUGCUACAGUCCACUUCUGCCCAGAUACAUGUCCUCCUGUGGAUUGCGUUGUCUCUCUUGGGAGGAAACGUCGUCAAGCUCCCCCUUCUCGCUCCGAAUUUGAAGAAUUACCUGUCCAGUUAGCAAUUGUUGUCCGGGUACCUGAACCAGAAUCAAAUGCACUUCAUUCCACAGAAAAUGAUGUGUGCAUGUCGUGGGGUACAUUAUUGGGAAUUAUCUUGGCAUGGAUACUUCUCCAAUUUCUUAUAUUGGGGACAUGGUUUUUUGUUCUACAUUUUCGCCGAGUGCAGAGACAAGAUGAAACGAAAUUACAGGAUGAUUUCUCAGGAUAUGAUAAUCGUCAUGUCCACUGGGCAGACACUUAAAUGGUAAGAAAAUCGUACAUGGUUUAUAUUCUUCAGUAAGGAGGUAGUGGAGCCCUCUUAAAAGUUGUAUGUGGCUAAAUCUAGAGUCUUUCAAAUAGAGGCAUAUUUGAAGAAUAUUAUACACAUAAUAUACAUGAAUAUCACUGAAAAUUAAUGACAGUUUCUGUUAAGGUAAUUCAAAAUUAAUUUAAUUUAUGUUAAUAUAAAAUCAUUUAUAUUAAGUAAAUAAUUCUACUCGAAACUCUAACUCGUAUUAAAAAUAACCAGGUAGUGCUUAAUAUUUAAAAAUAACUACAAAAUCACUGGAAACCAGAAAGGAAAUAGGAUUUUCAAGGAAAAUGACAUUAACUUUUCUGUAUGUGCUGCAUUUUUGAAAGUGUAUGGUAUUUGAAAUUAGUCAUUACUAUACUAAUUAUUUGAUAAGGAUUAUGUUGCCUUAGAGGAGUGAAUUCCUUUUUUUUUAUUGCAGGAUCCUGUAAAAUUGGAAAGACAGAAUUGUAGAUUGUGUAAAAUUAAAUUUGUAUAUGUGUAUAUUUUCUGCAACUCUGUGAAAGGUUGUAUAUUUCAUUAUAAAUCAUGUACCAUAAAAUGUAGUAAUUAAAUAAUGUAUAUUUGAAAUAUUGUUAAUGUCUGUACUUGAAAUUGAGUUUUUAUGUUCAAAUGUAUGUGUUCACUUGUUAACAUUGUUUCAAUUAAAUUAAUUCCAAAAAACAAAUUUAGAUUUAAUUUAACAUAUGUUAUCCAUUUUUUAAAACAAAUUUUGCUUAAACUAAAUGCAUUCAUGUUAUUGAUGCAGCUACAUAUUUUCAAACCCAUAAUUUUUUUUACAGUCAAUGCCAUUAGGUCUUUCUUAUUAAAAUAUGAACCAUAUUCAACAUCAACAUUUAUUCUUCUAUGAGUUUAUGAAAAUAAAUGAUUGAAAAUGUACCACUCUACUGUAACAUACUUUGCAGUUUUAGGAUUAUUGGGUACAAUAUAACAAAUAAAUACAUUGGAAUUCAUACAUAUUUGUAUUAAUUUGAUUUAAUUACUUCUAUUUUACUUUCAUCACAUUCACACGCAGAUAUUCAGGAUCAUAUAAAUGAAUAAAUAAAAAGUGUUUCAUUUUACUUACAGUUUCCAUUACAUCACAUAACAUGUUCUUUAAUACGUGCGUUUAUAGUAUUUCUUUAAAUAGGAUAUUAGUACAUAUUUGUCUUUUGUUUCUCUCCAAAAGAGAUGGUUCAAAAUCUCUGAGAGAGUUUGCUACAGUGGGUCUGCAUUAGAUUUGAUAGGCACGAGAGAAAAUGCAUUUACUAUUUUUUGCACAUUCAUACACUAGCAAUGAUUUCUAAAAGUAAGGAGAUGUACCACAGCAACUUGGACUAUCCCAAGAGAUCACCCUUUUUCGUUGUGUUGUGUCAUGAAAUCUGGGGUCAGACCAGUCAUGGGUCAACACACAUCUUCUGGGAUUCCACAUAACACCGAUUCAGAGGAAAGAAAAUAAUAUGAAUUUUGUUGUGCACUACAUUGGUAUAGUAUUGAAUACUAAUUAGAUUAGGACUUCAGAAGUUAACCACACUUUUAGGAAUAUGGAGGAAUAAUUGAGUAAGUCUAUUAAGUAUAACAUUCUGUCUAAUGGAAAUUAUAAGUAUAACUUGUUUAGUUGAAUAAAACAUGCAAAAUAGUGUGGAACUCAUAUACUCCUAAAAAAGUAGAAAUAUGAAUGCAAACUCACUCUUCCGGAUUCUGAUGUUUUAAAGAACCGGUCACUCCUGCAUUUCAGAAAUUUGGAAGAUCCUUGCACAUAAUUGUUUAUUGAUUGUAUCUGAAACUUGAUUCAUAAAUAUAAUUGCAUCUCUUAUUCCGUGCAAAAUUGUAUAUUGUGAGGUUCAUGUGCUUAUUCUUCAUUGGAUGGAUUCACUACAUAAUUGAUAUUUAUGCAUUAUGCAGUCCUCAUAAUGUUGUUUCUUGACAUAUUUUUUAACAAUCAAUAAAUUGUGUUAUCAAACAUUUUUCUUACAAAACUGAUUUAUUAAAUGUAGUUUGUUAAAGUCGUCAGAUCAGGUCUAUGAGAGAAGCAUACUCUCAUGAGUAAUUAUGCAAUUGAGCCAAGGGAACAUCAUUAGCAAUGCACAAGAGAUAACACUGGGGAAGGGAGUGGAUUUGGAUUUGACUGAAGGAGAUCUACUUAGGACUUCCUCUGAGCAUUUGUGAUACACAUCAAACUUUGCAGCAAAAAUUUGGACAAGAGUAUCCAAUGAGCAGAAGAAUAUUAAAUGUUCAAGAACAUAACAUGAAUAUAGAAACAUAGCCUUAUUUCUGUCAUUGAAAACAUUCAUCAAACAUCAUUUCUGUAUAAUAUAUUACAUUGAACAUUGAACAUAGAAAAUAGUAUUUCCGCAUCAAAGUACUCACUUUUAUAAUCUGCAUAAAUUUCCAUUUCAACAUCAAUCAGAAUUUAGCUAUUCAACAGCUGUUCACUGAACUCCUGGCCAUAAAGUUGCAGUGGAGAGUGGAAACAACUUGAAAUAUCAACAUUUAGAGCAAUGAUGGUGCUUUUUCUCUCUUUUCAACAUUUAUGGCAUUGUUACCAAUAUUAUAUGCUUUUUAACACUUAGCAUGUACUAAUUAGUUAUUUGCAAUACAGAAAAAUCAGCUAUUACUUUUAAGGCCUGAUUUCCUCCUUGGAAACUAAGCUUUCAUAAUUAAUUUCACUAUCAUCAUAACACCUUAAACAAUGCAUGAAGAACUUUUAUUGACGUGAUUAGGAAAAAUUCAUGAUUAAAUUACCAUUCUCUACACACUUCACAAUUGGGCUUGUUGCAGACUUUUGCAAGGAAGUUUUUGUGUUGAUAGUGAUGUGUUUAUGAAAAUUAUCACUAAUGGUGAUCUUUCUAUCAUUCAAGUGUGUUUUGUGAAUACAUUUUGCUUACCUGAAUCAAUUUAUAUUAUUGUUUCUGUUCCCAAUAAAUUAGUUGAUAACUAAAUUAGUUGUUCUUAAAAUUUAUGAAACAAAAUACAAAUUGCUUUGUCUCAACAUAUCUUUAAGACAUGAGUAUUGAUGGGAAACAUUUUUGGAAUGAAAGAAAGUUUUUCAUGUUGCAAGUAUUUAAAUAACUUGGUUUCAUCCAUGAUGUUAAUGCUUCUCUAGAAGAAAUUAUUCUACUCAGAUUCAAACAAUGAGUCUAGUACAUGAAAACACAAUUUUCAGUUGCUCUGUUGAAAUAAACUUUCAAAACAUAAGUCAAGUUUUGUGGUUCCAAAUAUUAUUAAAUUUCUUAAAGCAAGUUUGCUUAUUUAUCAUUUCAUACUCUUAAGUAAGAAUAUGAUUAAAUGAUUUGUAAUAAACAUUUUUGGUAUUCUGAAACACUGUUAGUAUUCAAAUUAGGAACCGUAUUUCAAUUGCUUAAGUGUACCUGCACAAUACCAAGGGAGGCCUCAUGCCCUAUGGUUUCUUAUUCUUUACUUGUUUGUCUGCAAUAAUGAAGAGUACCCCUCAAAAAGUUUGGUUAUUUUGUGCCUGUACAUAUAAAUUUAAUCACUCACCACUUGUCAAAGAGUCAGAAUCACACUCAACAUCAAAUUGAAAUUUGCAACAUCUUGGUAAGUAAAAUGUUUGAAAUAUUUUAUUAUGUUUAUAUUUUCAGAUUUAAUGUUACACAAUUUUAUAUAACUGCUUUAAUAGGCAAAUCUCUAUUAAUGGGUAAUUUAUGUUUCCAAGUAUGUGAAUUGAAACAAAAAAUUUCUUUCUUCUUAAAAGUUAUCGUGAUAAAUGGAGCUAAUAUUUUAUUGCAGUAUGUCUUUUUCAACUAGCAUCAAUUGUGACGUGUAAGAGAUAACGUGACAGGAAAACUUAUUGUCAAACUUCUCUUUCUUAUUUUCUUAUGUAUUAUUUUAUCAUAUAUACACAAAAUUUUUGGAUUGUACACAUCAAAAGAUACCAAUAAUGCUUACUGUUGGUUGAUUCAAUAUUUAAACAUAGUAGCUAUGUUGAAAUAGCAUACUAUGACAUUCAGUCUGCCCUACCAUCUACAAUACUGAGAAGAAACACCCUAAUUAUUUUGGCUGUUGGUCUCCCAUUGGUAAUGCACAGAAAUUAGAUUUGUUGUUAAUUGUGCGGGUUAAACAAAUACCCUUCAAUGCAGUGAUGGGCAAAUAAGUAUUCUCAAAGCCUUGUUGGAACAAUAGCUGAACUUCGAAUGUUUAAAGCAGAUCUACAAACUUAAAGAGGUAUGUAGGAGAAAAUCAGAUAAAAAUUUCUCCUAAAACCUUCACCAUUCUAGCCACAAUUAUUUAUUCACAAUGUACUAUCCCUUUAGAGAAGUAUAAUAAUGAGACUAUGAGAGCACUGUCCAUCACUGCUUCAGUACAUCAUUGUGACAAAAGUGUUACUUUGACUUAUGCUCCUUUGGAGGCAACAAGUUAUGCAUGAUCCAGAAGGAUCAAAAUCCUUGCCUCUCACUUUUCAAAAACAGAAGACUGAAAAGUUUGUGUUAUAUUUGUCAAGGGAAAAUGUCUACUUCAAGCAGAACUUCAUUUCUCUGUUUAUUUAACUUUUAUAAUUUGUUUCAUUUUUGUGUGUACCACAUUUACUGCUACACAUGUCAAGAACUGAUAUUUAUUUUUUAAUGAAAAUUUACUGCUUGUAAAUAUGAUUUCUGAAUUUUAAAAGAUUUAUUUCUUGAUUAUUUUUUAACAAAUUAAACAUUAAAAACAUUUUAUUUUUUUGCUGUUCUGUACAACCAAUUAUAAGUGCAGCAAUAUUGAUGAUAACUUUUACAUUUAAUAUAUAAUAAAUUAAUUUAAAAAAGUUACAAUGUUGUGAAAUAAUUAAAACAACCAUAUUAUUGCUGAUAUAGAAUUCUUUCUCUGUUUCACAUUAUACUUAAAAUAUAUUUUGUCAUUAAAGGUGUAAUUAAAUAAUACUCCUAUCAGUAAGCGUGUUGUGAUACAAUUCAUCAGAUAAGUUUUCUUAUUUGAUUUUGAUGUGGUACACUUAAAAAUACAUUUUUAGUUUUGGUUAUUUGUGAAUUGCAAAGACCUUGGCACAUUAUCUUUAUAAAUUCCAGCAGUUUUUGAAAAUUAUUAACAUGUAGUAGAGAGUUUACUGCAUUUGUAGGAUGUGAUAUUGUGAAGGAACAAUAGAAACCAUGACAAACAAUGUGACAACCAUAGAAAUACAGCAGUUGAUACCACAAUGUCAAGACAGUUACAGUUUUUACUAACAGACAAAUGUGUCCACAGUGUGGAGUGAUACAAUUAAUUUCUAUUACUAAACAAUUGACUUACAUUUCCCUAGGUAGUAUAUAGUUAUGAGGCCAUUGAGUAGAUUGUUGCUUUUGUUUUUGUCAUCCUGGAUUUGAUUUAUAUUGCAACACCGCACAUAUCAUCAAACAUAUUGAUAAUUUUAAUGAGAGAAUCGAGAUCAAAUAGAUCUUGUAGCCACCAGUGAUGUACUUCCAGAAGAAUAGACAAUUUGUUCAAAGAUUCAUAUAUAUGUAUCAACAAAUUAAGUACUAAUUGCUUACAUUUCUCUAUGUACAAUUCACAAUCAUGAAACAAUUCUUAGUAUAUUUAUAUAUUAAUAUAUGUUAAAACAUUCUUGACUAGUUGUUUUUACUUGUUUUUAAUGAUUUUAUCAAUACUCCUUAAUGUUAUUACUCUUAAUCUGCAAUGCUUUCUGCAGUUAGUUAUACAAGGCUACUGACAUGUUUAUUGACAAACAUUGUUAUACACAAUAUACAUCUACAUCACUCUUCUUGGUAUUCUGGAUAUAAUUAAUUUCUCUUGAAGAUUAUCUCACAUUUGCAAUUAGAACUGUGUUACACUUCUGACAGAUAUUUACAAGUGAGAUGGCAGAAGUUGGUCCAUUUUAUGGUUUUCAAAUUUGGAUUUAUGUUGUGUCGUAAAUGAAAUAAAACUAAUAUUAAUUCACACAGAGAGCAAACUUAAUCAUCUUAUGUCAGUGCAGGUCAUUAAAAACUUUUUUAUAGUUCAAGAUAACUAAAGUAUUUACAAGUAGAAAAAAACAUAAUAAUUGUGAAGUAAUAAUUCUGAUUAAGAGACUAUCACUGAUUUAACAUCAUGCUUGGGUGAUAUUGACUUACUUGUAGUAUUUUUUUUCAACAAUUACAUGUAUGCCAAUCAAUUUUCAUUCAAGCUUUUCAUCAUGGCUGGUGUAAUAUCAAACAGUUUAUACCCUGUCAUUGAUUCUAUUAUAAGUAGGCAUUUUUGUCUUGCUGAUGUACCUUUGAUACUGGAAACAAAUGAUCCUUCCUAAUGUGAAACAUUUAUGUAAUCUAAAAUGCCUCACAGGCCAAUUCAUUGCAAGCACUUUGUGUGAUGAAUACAUGUAAAAUUGACUGAAAAUUAACAGCAUUACCUAUCAUAGCAUGAAUGGUAAGCUUUUUUGAAACAUGGAAUGUGGAAUGAGUAAAUUCCAUGCCUGAGAACAUUUUACAUAAUUUUCUUAAUUUCAUUUUUCCUGAUGCCAGUGCAGUUGGCCUCCCUUCAACGACGUUUUUAAAACGGAAAAAGAACAUUAAUGAUUCACGACAGAACCAGCAAAAAAGAAAUGUUUUUAGAUACUUGUGAUUUCAUGUACAAGCCAUGCCACAGUUUAUUAUUCACCACAAACAUUUCCCUGAAAUAGUCUUCUGCUUUGUAGUUUUAUAUAGUUUGAAAUUUAAGUUUGAGAAGCAUAUUCAUAAUAGUGUGUAGAAAAAUAAUGUCACUGAAACUUACACUUAAAAGAAUAGAAUAGAUUCACUUUCAAAACUACAAAUUAAACAUACAUACAUAUACACAGAUUCUUUAACUUAUAAACAGUCUGCACUGUUCUGUUAUUUUUAAUAUCCUGUCCAAUGUGCCAGCGUUCUCAUUCCUUUCACUUGCAUACUGUCAUAGAUUUUUAUUAAUACCAUGUGCUGAAAAUUGUGUACUUAGCAUUUUGGCAUUUCAAUUUUUUAAAAUUUCUAGUUUUUUUUAUGGAGAAUUCUAUGAUAUUUGUUGUUCUCAUCUUUUUACAUUAGUAGUUUUAUUCUGUUGAAUGCCAGGGACACUGGUAUGAAGAAGAAAACUGCAAAAAUAUAUGGUUAGCAGUUGCAACUUCCAUUUUGCGGUCCUGUUGGUUGUUCUGUCAACCGCGUUCCUUUGGAUCCUGCAUUCAUAAGAUUUGGAUCAGAGUCCAAACUCUCCGACAUCUUGUCACAGAUGAUGUCCACUAACCUCUCGAAUACCGUCUUCACAUUUACAUUUUCCUUUGCUGAUGUUUCAAAAAACUCGAUUCCCAAUUGCUCAGCCAAUUGCUUCCCUCUUUCAUAGCUGAUCACUCGUUCAUCUUCCAUGUCACACUUGUUACCAACUAAUAUGACUUGCGCAUUGUCCCAAGAAUAUGUUUUUAUCUGGGUAACCCUGUCUUGCACACUAUUAAAAGACUCUUCAUUGGUAAUAUCAUACAUGAGGAUAAAGCCCAUUGCUCCUCUGUAGUAAGCUGUUGUGAUUGUUCUGUACCUCUCUUGACCAGCAGUAUCCCAAAUCUGUAGUUUUACUCUUUUGUCGUGCCGAAAUACGGUUUUCACCUUGAAGUCUAUGCCUACGGUGGAGACGAAGGCAGAUGUGAAGGAAUCGUCUGCGUACCGGAAGAGGAAUGAAGUCUUGCCCACGCUGCUGUUGCCGAUGAUGAGCAAUUUGAACAUAUAAUCGAAGUUUUGAUCCGCCGCAUCUUUCUGCCAUUUUGGAUCUUGGCCACCUGCCAUCUGGAAGU